AAUUUGCAGAAAGAAAUGAAGAGAAUAGUUAGAUAGGACACUGGAUAAUGUGGCACUUGGAUUUCUUAUUCAGAACCCUGGAUUUCAUAGUAUUUCUCUAUGUUUGAUUUCCUUUUCCCUUUUCUAGACCUUGUAAUGAAAUGAAGCCAAUGCAGCCUAUUCAUUGCAUUUAGACUCAAGUGCUUUGAGGAGAUUAGGUGGAUUUAUGCCCAAGACUUCCUGUGCCCAAGGAGGUGGUAACUGAAAAAACAAAUGAACAGAAGGCACCAUUUGGAAUUUCCAUCUCUAGUGUCCUUCUUAUGAAUUGAGUUAUUCAUUUGUAUUCACCUGAAUAGGUUUGGUUCAAUACAAAGCUACUGUGUUGGUUUUGGGACUAGACUCUUAGCCACCAGAAGACAGGAUAUUAAAACUUCAGGCUCCUAUGAAGACCCUUUGGACAUCACUCAGGACUCCGGGGCCUGGGCCACAGAAGACCUUCUCUUUGUUUCCAUGUUGUCUCUCGUGAAGGAUGAAUUAAACCACUCUCCUCCGUCUUCGCCCAAACAUCAUAGUUUUUAACCAAAUCCUUUCUCCCUGCUCCUUAUAAGAGAAAGAAAGGAGAUUCUUUUUGUUACAUUGUUACGGGCAGCAUUUACUAAAUAAAACAAUAGUCUAGAUUGUAAUUAUGCUUUUCAAAUCUGAAAAUACUGUAAUCUAACAUUUUUGUUCUCAGAUCUUAGGUGCUCUUUUUACCAUUGACCAUCUAGAGUUCUACCUAUGGAUGAAAAUAUAAUCAAAUAACAAAGCCAUUUAGGAAAUAUAAAGUAUAGAAGGAGGCAGUAUGGUAUGAACCAAAAUCAAGCACGAGACUUUUGUGGUCAAAUAGACCGUAUUCAAAUCCUUCCUCUCUCACUUUCUACCUGCGUGACUUCAAAACAUGUCUUAACCUCUUUAAGCCUCUGUCUUCAUCUGUAAAAUGGGAUGAUAAUAGUACAGGCCUCUUAAAAUGGCUUUGUGGACUUAAGUGAACUAAUACACCUAAAUCAUUUUCCACCAUGCCUACCACUUAACAUGGAAUAAAUGACAAUUUGUCAUAAGACGCAUCCUCUGUCCUCAGGGAACAUAGAAUAUAAUUUGUAAUAGGAUAUAAUAAAAGACAGUGUACUAGCACUAAAAUCAUUAACACUCAGAGAAACACAGAAUUUCAGGGAAAGGAGAGAGGGAUUUUUUUUUAACUGGAGUGACCUAGGAAGAUCAUGAAAAGAAGAACAUGACUUAGAAUUUGAAAGUUGAACAGGAUUUGGAUUAGGCAAAAGAGAGAUGAUGAGAUUUCUAACUGGAAGGAGAACAGAAGUAUGUGAAGCACAAAGAAGAAUGAUGGUGAAGAGGCCAAUGAGUAGACUCCAUAGUACAUGACAGGGAUAAUUGAGGCCAUGGUGGGAUUAGCCUAAAACAGUCAAGUCCAAGAGACACUGGAAUCAUCAGCAGAGGAGCAUGAAGGUCAUUUAGGCAAUGGGAAGGCACUGAAAAUAACUAAGUAGGUGGGCAAUGUGAUAAUGGAGAACAGGAUGGAUGAUAACGGGAAGAGGAAGGAAAAUGGGAGAUUAGAUAGGAGGCUAUCACAAGAACCCAAAUGUAAGAUAACAAUGGAUAGAAAUGACUGGGGCAGUAGAAAAGGACCAAAGCAAUAGAUAUGAGAAAUUUUUGAAGGACAAACUAUCAGCAUUUAGGAACAAAUUGAAUAAAGGAGAGAAAGCAGCCUGAAUCAAUGUUUCUAGGUGUCGAGCUAAAUUACAGUGUGUGCUGUAAUAUCACAGCACACCAGGACCACAAUUCUCUUUAAAUUAUAACCUACAUCCAAUUAAACUUUCCUAAAACGUUUUUGCUUUGAGUUUCCCAUGAUGAGUUAAUACCCUAUUUUAUCCAUUUUGUAACUUUGAACUUUAAGCUGACUUUACUCAUUCAUUCAUUCAGUAAAUACUUCUUGGAAAGCUUCCUGUAUCGGGCAUGGUGCUAGGCACCAGAAUCAAAGCAAAGAGCAUCAAAAUCGCCACCAUGGAGGAUUUCUCAGUCCUCCUCUUCAGGGUAGAGGAGGAAAUGAGGGGAGUGGCAUAUGUGUAAAUUAUAAUAUUCCACGAUUUGCUCUGAAAUGAAAGGGUGCCCAUAACCACUGAGGUACCUCAGAAAGCGCUCUAACAUUAAACAGGGGAAUGUGACUGCGUCACAUUAAAUGUGAGGUACCUAGAGACACAUGUCAUCUUUCCUUUUUCUAGAUCCAGCACACUACCCAUGGAGGAAAUAAAUAAAACUGCAAAGAUACAAUUCUUCUUUCGUCCAUUCUCAGCUGACCCUAAGGUACAAGUAGGGAUUUUUGUGGCCUUCCUGACGAUGUACCUGAUCAGCCUCAGCGGAAACACCACAAUUGCAGUCAUUGUCCAGAUCAACCACUCCCUCCACAUCCCCAUGUACUUUUUCCUGGUGAACCUGGCAGUUCUAGAAAUCUUCUAUACAUCUUCCAUUGCCCCACUGGCCUUGGCGAACCUUCUUUCAAUGGGCAGGACUCCUGUUUCCAUCCCUGGCUGUGGGACCCAAAUGUUUUUCUUUGUCUUCCUGGGUGGAGCUGAUUGUGUCCUGCUUGCGGUCAUGGCUUAUGACCGGUUUGUAGCAAUCUGUUACCCUCUACGAUACACCCACGUCAUGAGCUGGCCCUUGUGUGUGGAGCUGGUGGUAGGGUCCCUGGUGCUGGGGUUCCUGCUGUCGCUGCCACUGACUAUUUUGAUCUUCCGUCUCCCAUUCUGCAACAACAAUGAGAUCUACCACUUCUACUGUGACAUGCCUGCUGUCAUGCGCCUGGCCUGUGCGGACACACACAUUCACAAGACUGCCCUGUACAUCGUCAGCUUCAUCGUCCUAAGCGUCCCACUCUCAUUAAUCUCCAUCUCCUACGUCUUCAUCGUGGCAGCCAUUUUACGGAUCCGGUCAACAGAAGGGCGCCACCGAGCCUUCUCCACCUGCUCCUCGCACAUCUUAGUGGUCCUCCUGCAGUAUGGCUGCACCAGCUUUAUAUACUUGUCUCCCAGUUCCAGCUACUCUCCUGAGUUGGGCCGGGUGGUGUCCGUGGUCUACACCUUCAUCACUCCCAUUUUAAACCCUUUGAUCUACAGUAUGCGGAACAAGGAACUGAAAGAUGCCCUACAGAAGGCACUGAGGAAGUUCUAGGUAGGAUGAUCCCAUGACUUGUCAAAAUUGGACACUUGAGGGCAAAACGGGAUGCUAUUAAUAAUUAUGCUGUGACAGCAUGCAUGAGCCAAGAAUGUCCUCGCAGACUGAGAUAUGGCCCACUAUUCUAGGAUCACCAGAGGAGAAGAAUACUACUGUGUAAUUGAAAUAAAGCUGUGUCAUGGAGGGCAGCAUGUCCUGGGCAUUGAUGGAAGAACAUCAACAUUUAUUGGACUUUAUAUACUAGGCACUUUACAUGGGUUAUCUCACUUAGCCCAUAGUAAGUACCACUGUCCUCAUUUUUUUAGAAAAGGAAACCAAAAUGGCUAACAAAAGACAUACCCAGGAUGAGAACACAGGUAUUUAAAAAAUCUAAAGACAGGCCGCCUGGCUGAGUGGCUCAGUUGGUUGAGCCUCUGACUCUCGACUUCAGCUCAGGUCAUGAUCCCAGGGUCAUGGGAUUGAGCCCUGCAUCGGGCUCCAUGCUGAGCAUAGAGCCUGCUUCAGAUUCUCUCUUUCUCCCUCUGCUCCUUUCCCCUGCUUCUACUCUCUCUCUCUCUCUAAAAAAUUAAAAAUUAAAAAAAAUUGUUAAUAGAAAUCUAAAGACUAAGCUAUCUUCACACAAUAUUGGCCAAGCAGGCCCUGAAUGAAAAAAAAAAAAAAAAAAAAAAAAAGAGAAGAGAAAAGAAAAGAAAAGAAAAGAAAAGAAAAGAAAAGAAAAGAAAAGAAAAGAAAAAGAGGAGGUUUUGCAGUUGGCCAAAGGAAGGGGGACUUUUUUUUUAAUAUGGUUUUGUUGUAUUAACCAAAAAGAAAACUCAUAACUCUCAUAACUUUUAAAGAGCACCCCAGCAAUCAAAAGGAUAGUAAUGAAGGAAAAUGCUACUUAAUUUAAUAAGUGAAAAUAUGGGAAAGGGAGAAAGUGAGCCUCGUUGAAUCUCGGACUCCACCAGAAUCCCUUCUAUAGCAUCUCAGUGUUCCAGACUCUGCUUGAGCUUCCAAGGAGAGAGAUCAUUAACUUGUAAGACACCA